CGGCAGGACCCCUCUUCAUUGGUGGGCAGUGAAAGGUGUAGCCGCAGGGAGGCUCGCGGUUGGCUGCCGCCCUGGGCGUUGGCGGCGCGCCGGACGCUGGCCGACCUAGGGAGCUGUACCUAGCGGCUGUGCCGGGGCUGCCCGGAACACCCUGAGGCUUUACCAUGCUGCGAGCCUUUAGUCACACAAAUGGUAGGUGUGCGUUCCAUAAUGCUAAGUGUUGGCAUCGUCAUAAGUCUGUGCUGGCAAUCAGGAGGGAAGAUGUUAAUGCCUGGGAAAGAAGAGCACCUCUAGCACCAAAGCAUGUUAAGGAAUUAACACAGAUGGGUUACAAGGUCUUAGUGCAGCCAUCAAACCGGAGAGCCAUCCAUGAAAAGGAUUACAUCAAAGCAGGUGGCAUUAUUCAAGAAGAUAUUUCUGAGGCUUCUCUGAUAGUAGGUGUGAAAAGACCUCCAGAGGACAAAUUAAUCCCUAAAAAGAACUAUGCCUUCUUCUCUCACACUAUUAAAGCCCAAGAGGCAAACAUGCCCCUUUUGGAUGAGAUUCUAAGACAGGAAAUUCGACUGUUUGACUAUGAAAAAAUGGUGGAUCGUAAAGGAAUGCGAAUUGUGGCCUUUGGAAAGUGGGCUGGUGUAGCAGGAAUGAUCAACAUUCUGCAUGGAUUGGGAUUACGAUUUUUAGCCUUGGGACAUCACACUCCCUUCAUGCACAUUGGGAUGGCACAUAACUACAGGAAUAGCAGUCAGGCUGUGCAGGCAGUAAGGGAUGCCGGGUAUGAAAUUUCACUUGGAUUGAUGCCAAAGUCAGUUGGACCCUUAACAUUUGUGUUUACAGGCACUGGUAAUGUUUCUAAGGGUGCUCAGGAAAUGUUCAGUGCCCUCCCAUGUGAGUUUGUGGAACCACAUGAGUUAAAGGAAGUUUCCAGAUCUGGAGACCUCAGAAAAGUCUAUGGGACAGUGUUAAGUCGUCACCAUCAUCUUGUGAGGAAACAGGAUGGACUGUAUGAUCCUGUAGACUAUGAAAAACACCCAGAACUUUACACUUCUCGCUUUAACAGUGAUAUUGCACCCUACACAACUUGUUUAAUUAAUGGCAUAUACUGGGAGCAACAUACUCCUCGCUUGUUAAGUCGACAGGAUGCUCAGAAGCUGCUGGUGCCAGUUAAAUCUACUUCUGCUGCCAUAGAGGGCUGUCCUGAGUUACCACACAAGCUUCUGGCAAUAUGUGACAUUUCAGCAGACACUGGAGGAUCUAUAGAAUUUAUGACUGAAUGUACAACAAUUGACAGUCCAUUUUGUAUGUAUGAUGCUGACCAGCAUAUUAUUCAUGACAGUGUGGAAGGCUCUGGGAUUCUGAUGUGUUCCAUUGACAAUCUGCCAGCUCAGCUUCCUGUAGAAGCAACAGAGUACUUUGGCGAUAUGCUUUUCCCAUAUAUUGAAGAGAUGGUAAGGUCUAAUAUAUCCAUCGAGAAACUGUUAUCGGAAGGCUCAGAACCUCUUGAGAGACAGAAUUACUCAACUGUUGUUCGAGAUGCAGUGAUUGCAUCCAAUGGCUCACUGACAGCUAAAUAUGAAUAUAUCCAGAAACUGAGGGAGAGCAGAGAAUACACUCAAAUGCUGAAGAUGGAUAAUAAGAAGAGGGUUUUAUUGCUUGGAUCUGGCUAUGUUUCUGGCCCUGUAAUUGAAUAUCUUAGUCGAGAUUCCAAUGUUGACAUCACAGUUGCAUCUGUCACGAAGGAACAACUUGAACAACUGACAGAAAAAUAUGACAAUAUUACUUCAGUUCAUAUGGAUAUCAUUAAGCAUGAGGAAAAGCUGACCUCUUUGGUGAAGAAACACAACCUUGUGAUCAGUUUGCUGCCUUAUUCAGCACAUCCUUUGGUUGCUAAGAAAUGUAUUGACAACAAAGUGAACUUGGUAACAGCCAGCUACUUAACACCAGCUAUGAAAGAGCUCAGGGAGAGUGUAGAAGCUGCUGGUAUUACAGUUAUCAGUGAAAUGGGUUUGGAUCCUGGUCUUGACCAUAUGUUGGCAAUGGAAUGUAUUGACAAGGCAAAAGAAGUUGGUGCCACGGUUGUGUCCUACACUUCUUUCUGCGGCGGCCUACCAGCUCCAGAGUACUCUGACAAUCCUCUGAGAUACAAGUUCAGCUGGAGCCCACAAGGAGUUUUGCUGAAUACAGUUCAGUCUGCUACAUAUUUAAGAAAUGGAGAGAUUGUAAAUAUUCCAGCUGGAGGAGCAGUACUUGAUUCUGUUACUCCGAUGGAUUUCUUCCCAGGAUUAAAUCUGGAAGGUUUUCCAAACAGAGACAGCACAAAAUAUGCUGAGCCGUAUGGUAUUCAGACCGCUCACACUUUGUUGAGAGGCACCUUAAGGUACAAAGGAUACUCCAAAACUAUGGGAGGCUUUGUAAAACUAGGAUUAAUUAGCCCAGAUCCAUAUCCUUUGCUAAACUCAACCACUCCACCUCUAACCUGGAAAGAGCUCAUGUGCAAACUGGUUGGAAUUAAGCAGCCUGUUGAGUACGAUGUUCUUAAAGAAGCUGUAUUUAGCAAACUGGAAAAGGAUCAAAGUCAGCUGGAGGCAGUGGAAUGGCUAGGUUUAUUGGGAGAUGAACCGGUUCCGGCAGCAGAUUCCAUUGUGGGAGCUCUUGCAAAGCACAUGGAGAUAAAGCUGCCCUUUGGCACUGGAGAGAGAGAUAUGAUUGUUAUGAGAAAUGAAAUAGGUCUCAAGCAUCCUUCUGGUCAUUUGGAGAAAAAGUUUAUUGAUCUGGUUGUCUAUGGUGACAGCAAGGGGUAUUCUGCAAUGGCUAAAUCAGUAGGAUACCCCACGGCUAUUGCAGCUAAGAUGGUUCUAGAUGGUGAAAUAGAUGCCAAAGGCAUGGUUAUACCAUUGACGAAGAAUGUCUACGGACCCAUACUUGAACGUGUUCAGGCAGAAGGCAUUGUGUACAGUACUCACAGCACUGUCAAACAUUAACAAGGGAAGCAGUGGAUCAGAUCGGGUUUUGGCUUUCUUUGGUUUCUCUCCCACCUUUUAACAAUCUCAAUUUGAACCAGCAAAGGCAGUCCCUGCCGUUGCACACAGAUGACACCUUCCAUAAAUCCAGCUGCCUGACUCUCACUGCAGAUAACCAAAUGCAUGAAUUUCCUCUUAAAACUGCUGUGUUUUCAUGUACAUGUUUUAACAUCAAUCAGAUCUUUCCUUAUAGCUUUCCUGAAAUAUCUCAGGCAAAAGAGAUGAAAGCAAUACUUAAAUUUUAAGUCUUGUCCCUUUAACAGUAUUUGUGAAUAUUUUCACGAUAACAAUAUGCAAGAAAUAGUUUAGGAAUUCUGCAGUAGUAGCAAACAAGAUCCUGUUAGAUCUCGAAAAUGUUCAGUCGUUAAAUAUUAGAAAUCUAGGUCAUAAUAUUCUUUAAAUCCUGUUCUUAUUAAUGUAAACUUAAAUUACAUGGAGGAGGAAGUUUAAAGCAAGCCUCUCUCUAUACCCUUUCCCAUUACAGAGUUGAAUCUGGUUGCAAUAUGUUGAAAUACCUGCUGUUAUGUGUUGCCUUGUGCCAUGCAGACAGCUCAUUAGCAUUUAGUUCUGCAGCUUGGAAGGGCAUUCUGAAAUACACACAGUUAAUGUGCUUAGAAGCUACUCUAAAUGAUGUUUACUCUUUCCGCUUACACUGUGUGCUCUGUUCAGGUUAAUUAUGGUUACAAAGAGAAUACUUGUGUAGUUAUAAGCAGCUUUGAAAUACAGUAGACUUAGAGGUUGAAAUAACUACUUUUUGAAUUAGCUUCUGUUGUUUUGCCAUCAGACUAUUGAAGUGUUUAUUUGGGAGCCUAUCGGUACUGCUCAGUACAGUGCCACUUUAGUCUGAUGAGAGUUUGCCAGUGUGUCAGCUUGUGUGGUGCUGCCCAGAGGUGCCAAUGGGGUUCUAGGGGCAGUUUAGCUGCGUCAGCCCAGAACUGGACUUCAACCUGAGUGCAGUUUUUCUCCAACAAAACAGCCUCCAGCCAGUUCAGGGCUGCUUCUGUGGGUUUUGCUCAGGGAUUUCUACACUGCUUGGCAAUGCAAGAAUGGCGUAGACUUCACUGCCUCUGUCUGUGAGGUGUCAUGCUAUGGGCAGAUACCAUUUGCACUGGUACCUGUGCAACUGCCAGGAGCUCCCCUUUUCUAAAGCUGAACACUGAUACUGGAAUCUGUCUGCUUUCAGGUUUGUUCACAAGUGCACUUUGCUGAUAAAACGCACAGACUUUUAUCUCCUGAGAAGCAUAGUGCUGUUACCAUGGUUCUGAGGGGCUGGAACUCCAGGUGGUGUUCUGCCCGUUAGGAAAAGCAUCCAUAAAAAUAGCUGAAGUUUCGGUCUCUAUGUCUUGUUACUCAGGGUUGGAUUUUCUUUGUGUAGAUGUAAUGAAGUAGCAACUGCAACAGAGGAGAGUGAAAGGAGCCAAAGAGAGAAGGAAGAAUGAAGAGGAGGGCUUUUUAUGCUUAACAAGUGGAUGCUUUUAUACUGUCAAAUUUGGAUUCUGUUACAGUGCCAAACAUGUUCUGAUGAAAUCCUGGGUCCACUAAGUUGCUUUUCUCCAAACUGACCUUAGAGGCUGGGGUCUGUUGUACAGCUGAUGCCUGCAGCUGGGGUAAGGAUGGAGCCGGCAGCAAAUACUCCACUCCCUGCUGCCUCCUCCUGCCCCUGGUAGAUUAAAGGCCUACAGCUAAGGGUUAAAAAGCCUACAACUAAGGGUUAAAAAUAGACUUGUAUCUGUUGGUACCUUCCAGUUCAGUGCUUGGUGAGACAAGGAAUUCACUGAAGACUUUUCUGUUCCCUCCUUUGUCGCCAAAAUGCACAACCAUGGUGUUGUGACUCUAUAUAUGCAUCUACCUUGCUUGCUUUUCUGCCUGGGAAAUGCAGUAUGCAAAGAAAAUUAGAAUGCUUUACAGGUAUGUAAUGUCUUUGGAGCACUAAAAGGAGAACCACUACAGAGUGCUUU